ACCAAUGGUUAGCAGAGAGGGGCCGGAUUGGCACGCGCCCACAUUGCUCCAUCUUUUUAAAAACCAGCGGCCUCCAGCCCGCCACUGGACAACUUCUUUGCUGAGCGGCAACGACACCUCUCCACUUUUCUCUCACACACCUGACGAGGCGGGGGUGGGGGGGGACACGUUCUCUCUGCCGGAGCCUCUCCACUGUGGGAUCGCGGAGCAGAAUCAUCAGAGAGGCGCCAUGUCGGGAUUAACUACAGUGACUUUACUGCUCUCUUGCAUGGUUUCUGGGGCUCUGUGUCAAGGUUUUGAAAGCAAGCGUCCAUCAUACAGGAACAAGAGAGCGGUACCAAACACUUCUACGGACACGCGAGCCACAGAGGUGACAGAGUGGACGUCUUGGUUUAAUAUCGACCACCCUGGGGGAAACGGUGACUACGAGCGCCUGGAGGCCAUCCGCUUCUACUAUCGGGAGAGAGUAUGUGCAAGACCCACAGCAAUGGAGGCCCGCACUACAGACUGGGUGGCGGCGGCAGACACUGGGGAAGUCGUCCACUCCAGUCUGGAGAAGGGCUUCUGGUGCAUCAACAAGGAGCAACCCCACGGACACAUCUGCUCCAACUACCACGUCCGCUUCCAGUGCACCCCAGAUCAGAGUUACUGGACACAAUGGGGAGAGUGGGGUCCGUGCACAACCACCGUUUGCAACGAUGUGGGCAUUCAAGUGCGCCAGAGGAGAUGCAUGAGCACGCAACCUUUGCCGCUACUCUUGGUGCCCGCCUGCCAGGGACACCAUUCAGAGAGGAGGGAGUGCUCCAACCCUCCAUGUUCAGCCAAGUGGAGUCCAUGGGGCGUCUGGGGGUCCUGCACUGUGACAUGCGGCGGGGGUCGCAGAAUCAGGAGGAGGACCUGCGUGAGGACCUCGACGACAACGCAGUGCACCGGACGGCCUGUGGAAACACAAAAAUGCGGCAAGAGUCCAUGUCCAGUGAAAUGUCGACGUGUGUGCGCCGAGGGCCGUCCCGAUGAAGACUGCAGGCGCUGUGUGUGCGAGGGCCACGUUCUGCGCGGCGAAGUCCACAGUGUGACCGGGGCCCCUGUAUCGGAGGCCUGGGUGGCGUUCACCAGUCACCCCAAAGUCAUCCGUGCCCGAACGGACGCCAAAGGUCAAUUCCGACUGAAAGGAGUUUGCUCGUCUGACGACAUCUCCUUCACCAUCAGGAAGGACAAAUAUGCACCUGUCGUGGUGUCCUCCAGCAGUAACAGCACAGGCGUGUCCUGGGUGUCCGCUGUCCUCAAAUCGGCUGAGAAACCCUACGUUGUGAAGCACCCGGAGGACAAGGUGCGAUACGAGGGCGGGCGGGCGAUGUUGUGCUGCAAGGCAACAGGAUCGCCGACACCUGAAAAGUACAACUGGUACCACAAUGGGACUCUGCUGGACAGAAAGGUGUACAAGUAUCAAGAAGACCUUGUAUUGAAGGACCUGAAGCCAGAGCAGGCUGGACAGUAUUACUGCAAAACCAGCAGCCCAGCAGGCAGCAUUAAGUCCUCGCCAGCAUCCCUCACUGUCAUCGCAAAAGGAACUCCAGCAUGCAAUUCUACCCCCGAGGCGCAUCUGAUCAGACUCCCACUGGACUGCGUUCAACCUGGGACUAACUCCAAGUUUUACAAUGCUGGCCGCUGCCCUCAUAACAAAUGUGCUGGCUUGCUAGACUAUGAUAUGCGCUGCCGAGAUGGAGAAGGCUUUUGCUGCGGUGUCCAAGCGAUGGAAAUUCGGACCAUCGACUGUGGGAGCUACAACCUCCCAAUCAAGGCUGUAUCCCAAUGCAAAUGUCAGAAGUGCGUACAGCCAACAGUGCUAGUGCGUGGCAGAGUGCUCACAGCUGAGAAUGGUGACCCACUAAGAUUUGGCCACAUCUACAUUGGCAAAGAGAGGGUGGGCACCACUGGAUACCAGGGAGGUUUCACCUUGCAAGUUCCUCCUGACACACAGAGAUUGGUGGUGAAUUUUGUGGACCCCACUGAGAAGUUUAUCGACACUCCCAAGGUCUUUAUCUUGGACAAGAAGGGUGGAUCCAUCUACCAUGACGUCAAGGUGAUGAGGAAGCAGGCUCCGAUUGACAUCAAUGCGGGAGAGACUAAUUAUAUUAACCUAGGAGAGAUAAAAGGGGAAGACCCUAUUGGACAGUUGGUUAUUCCAGCCAAUUCCUUCCACAAAGACAAUGGAGACGUUUACGAGGGAACUGUAAAAGCCAGUGUCACUUUCAUUGACCCAAGAAAUAUCACCACGGCUUCUGCUACACCUGGUGACCUCAACUUUGUGGACAACGAAGGUGAUAUGCUCCCUUUAAGGACCUACGGCAUGUUCUCUGUUGACUUCCGUGACGAGAGCAACAAGGAGGUGCUUGGCGCCGGAGCGGUUCAAGUCCUUCUCGACACACAGCACGUCAAAAUGCAAGAGCACAUCCCCAAAAUGAAACUGUGGUCUUUAAAUCCUGACACUGGAGUCUGGGAGGAAGAGGGUGACUUCUCCAGCACCACAACCACAGGUGGGCACGGCCGGAGCAAACGAGAGGAGCGCACCUUCCUCAUAGGCAACAUGGAGAUCAGAGAGCGUAGACUCUUUAACUUGGACGUGCCUGAAAACAGACGUUGCUAUGUCAAAGUCCGUGCCUACAUGAGUGAAAAGUUUCUUCCCGUUGAACAGCUGGAAGGCGUUGUGGUCAGCUUGAUAAACCUGGAACCCAAACCUGGUUAUUCCUCCAACCCCAGGGCAUGGGGCCGCUUCGACAGCGUCAUUACUGGCCAUAAUGGGGCCUGUUUACCUGCUUUCUGUGACGCCCAGAGGCCUGAUGCUUACACCGCUUAUGUAACAGCUAUGAUGGGUGGCGAGGAACUGGAAGCAGCCCCCUCCUCACCAAAGAUGAAUCCGAAUAUCAUUGGAGUAUCUCAGCCAUACCUGGAUAAGAUCGACUACCAGCGCUCAGACCAUGAAGAUCCAGCUCUGAAGAAAACAGCUUUCAGAAUUAAUCUAGCAAAGCCCAACCAAAACAACCUUGAUGAGACCAAUGGACCCAUAUAUCCAUAUCAGAAUUUAAUAGCCUGUGAAAAUGCUCCAGUUGAUUCAAACCAUUUUAGAUUCUUUAGGGUGGAAAAAGACAAGUAUGAAUACAAUGUUGUGCCUUUUGAGGAAAAUGAUCUGACAACCUGGACAGGAGACUACCUCUCCUGGUGGCCUAACCCUCAAGAGUUCAGAGCUUGCUUCAUUAAGGUUAAAGUCCAGGGACAAAAGGAAGUGAUGGUCAGGUCUAAGAACUUAGGGGGAACGCAUCCAGAAACCAAAAACAAACUUUAUGGCAUCCGAGAUAUACGCAGCACUCGGGACAUGCGAGAGGCCAAUACUUCAGCAGCUUGCGUGGAGUUCAAAUGCAGCGGCAUGUUGUUUGAUCAAGCUGAGGUGGAUAGAUCCCUCAUAUCAAUCCUUCCACAGGGGAACUGUCGCAAGAUCGUCACCAACAACCUCCUGCAGGAGUACCUAAUCAAACACCCCCCGGUGGCGCAAAAUAACGACUCCAAUGCCUUCAGCAUGUUAGCCCCUGUGGAUCCAUUGGGGCACAAUUACGGCAUAUAUACCGUCACAGACCAGAAUCCCAGAGUUGCAAAAGAAAUCGCCAUUGGCCGCUGCUUUGACGGCACCUCGGAUGGUUUCUCCAGAGAGAUGAAGUCUGACUCCGGGGUGGCUUUGACUUUCAGCUGCCCAGAGAGGAAAAUCAACAGAGAAAGUCUCUUUCAGCGUCUGCAGACCAACCCAGGUCAGACGCUGUCACAGAUGGCGAGGGACAUGAGAGAGAUGGAAGGCAUGCAGGUGCGGAGAUCAUCCACUCGAGUGGUGGCCUAUCCUUCUGAGCCACGGGUCAGGAUCCAGAAUCGUAGGGUUGGCAGUACAAGCAGGAGCAGGGCGGCUGUUCGCACACAACCCCAAUAAUAGAAUCAGGAGAUCUUCACUCAAGGUGACUCAUGUUCAGGAACUGAAAUCUGACAUUAUUUUGAUAGAAAGGCACUUGCUUCUUCUUUACUGUGGAAAAAUCAUGUGUCGAGCCUGGCUGAAGAUAACCAAUAAUCUUAUACUUACUUGAAUGUGUUUGUAAUAUUCUGCUUUUAUUUUCUUGUUCCUCCUGAAAUACAUACAGUACAUAUUGUAGUUAUAUGAAAAGCUGGCAUAUAUUUAAAGACUUUGGUGAGAUUUCAUGAAUGAAAGACGCAUUGACCGGAAACUAUUAUCGGUGGAGCCCAAACCUAAAAAAAAAAAAAAAAUUGGCCUUCACUGCAAGGAAAAGUUGCAAACACUGAGCCCUUUUUGUUCAAACGGACAGAAUCUAGAAACACAUUUUCAGCUGUUUUCUUUGUUAUAGUGACAUGACACUUGGCCGUCUGUGAUUUAUCCACACACCAAAACAAACGAGCAUCUCUAGCAGCAUAUAAAACGAUAUUCAAUAUACCAUUUUUCACCAAUAGCUCUUUAGGCUCCAAACUGACAUAUUUUCUCACCAGAAUGUUUAUGAGCCGGGUAAUAAAAUCCAUGUUUUUGACGUAAUGCAAAAAGCUGCUUUUGGAAAAAAACAUGUACAUGUAACCUAGCAUUCAAAAUAAUUAUUUCAAACAGCUAAUUGAAUACAUUUGUUUUUAAACAAAUGAAGUGUAACUUAAAUUAACAUCAAAACAAUCUAACUUGUUUAUCUGCACAUUUGACAACUUGCAGAACCUCUUCCAAGCUGAACUAAUCCCCCAAAAACACAAGCCAAGGGUGACUAUGCUCCUCCGGAGGAACCCAGGACGAGUAAACAUAUUCCAACUGUUAAUUAGAAGCUAAACCGCGCCAUCCUUUGGGAGCCAUUAGUGCAGCUUGACCGUGGCGAAACACUAACAGCCAAACUCGCUCAUUUUCAAGAUAAAAACUAAUUAAAGUAACAAGGCCCUUUCGGGGAGUUCACCUCCAUCUUGCAAAUUUAACAUGUGAGAUUUGUUUUUGACAGUAAAAUAACAACUACAUAAUAACCCGCCGUCAACUCAAUGCUAUUAAAGCUACCCAAAACCAAUGUAAGGAGGACAACAAUCCUUAAGGAUGUCGUCCAAUUCAAAUUUUGAUUUGACAUCAAUUCUCUCAAUCAAAGCAGUCAGAGACUUUUGCGUCAUCACCGAGCGUUUAUUGUUUGUAUGUUUUUGCUUUGUGGUUCAUGUUGCUUUACACUUACGGACCUUAAAGGCCUACUGAAAUGAAUUGUUUUUAUUUAAACGGGAAUAGCAGAUCCAUUCUAUGUGUCAUACUUGAUCAUUUCGCGAUAUUGCCAUAUUUUUGCUGAAAGGAUUUAGUAGAGAACAUCGACGAUAAAGUUCGCAACUUUUGCUCGCUGAUAAAAAAAAGCCUUGCCUGUACCGGAGGUAGCGUGACGUCACAGGAGCUAGUAUUCCUCACAAUUCCCCGUUGUUUACAAUGGAGCGAGAGAUUCGGAGCGACAAAGCGACAAUUACCCCAUUAAUUUGAGCGAGGAUGAAAGAUUCGCGGAUGAGGAACGUUACAGUGAAUGACUAGAGAGGCAGUGAUGGACGUAUCUUUUUUCGCUCUGACCGUAACUUAGGUACAAGCUGGCUCAUUGGAUUCCACACUCUCUCCUUUUUCUAUUGUGGAUCACGGAUUUGUAUUUUAAACCACCUCGGAUACUAUACCCUCUUGAAAAUGAGAGUCGAGCACGCAAAAUGGACAUUUAAAGUGACUUUACAAUACAUCGGCGAAGCACUUUAGCUACGGAGCUAACGUGAUAGCAUCGGGCUUAACUGCAGAUAGAAACAAAAGAAAUAAACCCCUGACUGGAAGGAUAGACAGAAAAUCAACAAUACUAUUAAACCAU